AUGAAGAAAAACAAUGAGAGUUCAAGCUCUUUUCCUAUAGGUGAAACCGCUCAAGAGAAGAGGUAUUCUCAUGCCUCUGAAUUCUAUAAACUGCAGCCUUUCGAUAGGCCUCGUCCCAACACGGAGAUUGCGGAUAUCCCAGUUAUCGACAUGGAAGGGAUGUGUGAUGAUCCUACGCGUCGAAUAAAGGUUGUACAAGACAUUGGAAAUGCUUGUAAACAUAGCGGCUUCUUUCAAGUUAUUAAUCAUGGGAUAUCCCAGCCAAUACUUGAUGGAGCUAUUUCUACCGCCGCUCGUUUUUUCGACUUACCAACUAAAGAGAAGGAAAAAUUCAUGUCUAAUGAAGUGCAUGAGCCGGUUAGAUAUGGCACAAGCAUACAAGACGGACUGGACAAGGUCCAAUUUUGGAGGGUCUUUCUCAAACAGUAUGCACAUCCUUUGAAGGAAUGGGUACAUCUGUGGCCCAACAAUCCACCUGAAUACAGACAGAAAAUGGGAGACUAUGCAGUGGCAGUGCAAAAAAUGGCUAUAGAUAUCAUGGGUGCCAUAACAGAGAGCCUAGGACUAGGUCCAACAUACUUGACCACGAAACUUGAUGAUGGAAUGCAAGUAAUGUUUGUCAACUGCUAUCCAAGAUGCUCACAACCAGAACUUGCAUUAGGCCUUCCACCGCAUACCGAUUACACCUGCAUAACAAUUGUCCUCCAAAACUCAGCCGAUGGUCUCGAAAUACGUGACUUAGGCGACGGAUCAUGGAGGUUAAUUCCGUUAGUUCGUAGUGCCCUACAAGUAAAUGUUGGGGAUUAUCUUGAGGUUUUAAGUAAUGGAAGGUAUAAAAGUGUUGUACACAGGGUGACUCUUAAUAAUGAAAAGGCAAGAAUAUCCAUUUCUAGUUUACAUAGUUUGGGGAUGGAUGUGAAAAUGGAGUCUGCAAAAGAGCUUGUGGAUGAAGAGCACCCAAAGGGAUAUAAAGAAAGCAGUUUCAAUGACUUCUUGGAUUUCAUUUCCAAGAAUAAUCUUGAAGAAGAAAAGAGUUUUCUCAAGACAGUCAAGAUUCAGAAGUAGAUUUCUUCAGCAAAGAAGAAAGCGUUCACAAGUAGGCGUUCUUGUUUUCUGCUGUCUUUCAUCUUCUUUUUCCCUUUCUUUCAUCUUCUCCUAAUAUAAUAACGUUGGCUAGUUCGGUAAAGCAGACCAUACAGUACUGAAAAAUAGAAAGUAACAGAAGUUAAAAUCUUAUCUUGUACCGGUGAGUGCUGCAUGCAGAAUAAGCCUACUGUUACAUGCUGUAGUUUCUCUUUAG